AUGGAGGAGGUCUUGGAGAGGCAAGAGCGAGAAAUAAGAGAAAGAAGGCGUAGACGAGCUGCAAGCAAAAGAGUGCAGAGAGAACUAGAUCAGCAACUUGUCAUGGCUGUGGCUUUGCUUGAUGAAGAAAACCAAAGCAGCAGUGUUUUAGGACUGCUUCCCGAACAAAAGUUCACAUUUGCUAUACGAAUGUUGGCGUAUGGUGCAUCUGCUGAUCAGGUGGAUAAGAUUGCCCCGAUGGGGAAGUCCACUGGUUUGGAGAGUUUGGUUAGAUUUUGUGAUGCAGUCGAAACUCUGUACACCAGGGACUACCUGCGCAGACCUACGCUCAAGGACCUGCAACGACUUCUACAGAAAGCCGAAUGA